AUGGAUCCACGCACCAUAGGCGCUUGCCAAACACUCGCGGCCCAAGGCUAUGCUCCAGCAGAAUUAUACACCGGACCAUGGGCGAACGUCCACCAAGGAUUGUCAGGCCAAUACAAAGACAUCCUUACCACUUACUGGCAGCAGACUAUCAAUCACCUUGAAACCGAGAAGCACGAGUUCAAAAUUCACCAGUUGCCACUUGCGCGAAUCAAGAAAGUCAUGAAAACUGACCCCGAAGUCAAGAUGAUUUCAGCUGAAGCGCCCAUAUUGUUUGCGAAAGGAUGCGACAUCUUCAUCACAGAGCUAUCAAUGCGGGCUUGGAUACAUGCCGAAGAAAACAAGCGGCGCACCCUUCAGCGAUCAGAUAUUGCAUCCGCACUGGCAAAGUCUGACAUGUUUGAUUUCUUGAUUGACAUCGUUCCUCGAGAGGAAGCGUCAAGUCAUGCGAAGAGAGCCAACGCACAGCCUGCAGCUCCACCAACAGUUCCUACAGCUCCUGGUCAGCCUUCGAUGCCGGGGCAGCAUGGUAGUAUACCCCAGCCAGGGAACCAUUCUUCCCACCCGCUUGGCCCAGGCGAUUAUAUGGGUAGCCACGCCUUGGCUCCUGACCAAGACUAUCGACAAGCUGCCAACAUAUACCCUGGUCAGGUCCCUCCUGGUCCUUCUCCUUCUUAUAGCCAAGCACAGGCACCAAUGUACGGCGAGAUGGAAGGAAUUUACCCUUACCCAACUAUGCAACCUCAACAGGUGAGAUAA